UCUUCAUCACUGCGCCCAGAUAGGAAAGCGGAAAAAAAAAAAAAAAAAAAUUAGAUUUCUAGAUUUCAUGAACAGCCUUUUUCUUCUCUAACUCUAACCUCAGACUCGACUCAGAUUCAUUUCUUCAAAAGUUGGCUAUAAAAGUUUUGUUCUUUUCUUCUUUUUGCGGAUGUCCAAUCUCAGGCACGCACAAAAAAGAACCCAUUAAAAGAUUUGUUGCAUUGCAAAUAUGUUUUAAAAGGAAACGAUUUCACUGCCAUUCCUUUUUAUGAUUUCGCCUUUUCCCCUCCAAAAUUCUGUCAAGAUUUCGAUUCCUCAUCGAAAUUGCUCGUCUUUCCUUCCAGAGCAUCUUCUUUUUCACUAUUAUCUUAACCCCACUUCUCUUUCUUUCUUGCUUCUUUUCUCCUUCCUUCGCUGCUGCUUCCAGUGCUGACGAAAAACUGGGAACCAAAGAAAUGAAAAUCCACCCAUUGCCCAAGAAGAGGAACAUCACAAUCCAAUUCGCACCCAGACACCAGACCCGACAACCCAUCACCGGUGGGUCCCACAAGAAACUUCGGCGGUUGCCCCACAUCUUCAGUCGGGUCCUCGAGCUUCCCUUCAGGUCCGACGCCGACGUGUCCGUCGAAGAGAGUCCCGAAUACUUCAAGUUCGUCGUCGAGACCGAUGGUAUUGGUGACGUAAGGGCUUACACGAUUGAAAUUCAUCCUGGGGUUACUAAAAUCGUGGUUCGAGCUAACGGGUCUGUCGAGUUUUCUUCUCUGGAUGAACUGGAACUGGACAUGUGGCGGUUCCGCUUGCCGGAAUCUACACGUCCGGAGCUCGCCAGUGCAGUUUACGAGGACGGAGAGCUGGUAGUAACGGUGCCAAAGGGAGUGGGGAUAGAGGAUUCGGAGGAGGAAGGUGCGUCCGCUGGUGGUGGUGGUGGUAACAGGGAAUUUAGAGGAGGUAUGGGAAAUAAUAGGCUUGUGCUUGUACAGUGAUAUAUAAGAUGGUCUAGCAGUAUGUCACUUGUCUUUUUGAUUGCAGGGUUGGUGUUGUUGGAACUAUGUUAUCAAUUGUAAUGCUUAAACUUUUGUUCUUGAAUCAACAAAUGUUGAAAAUGUUGUUUUUGUUUCUUAGUGAGCA